AUGGUGAUGCAACAGAUGGAGAUCGACCGACAACGCCAAGAGCUAAACGAACGGCAGGCCGACAUGGAUUGUCGGCAGAGAGACGCUACAACAGCUUUAGAGGCAGCCAUUCAGUUGGUUCGAGGACAGCCUGUUCCACCUGCACCAACCUCUCAGCCAGAUCUGCCACCAAACUCUCACCCUCCUCAAAAUCCACAAUCAAUUCACCCCCAGUGUCCUCAAAAUCCACCACACCCAAGGAGUCCAUUGCGACCGGAACAACCAGUUGCUCAGCAAGAAAGGCAGACCCAGAAUCCUAAUAGAAAUAACGAGCAGCAACCACCCUCUCGUGCUGGUCGAGAUAAUACUUAG